AUGAAAUUAUUAAUUUUGCUACUGUCGCUGACUUUUGUAGCUACUUCGUUAUACGCGAGGCACGUGCAUGAAACUUCCACUAAUAAAAAUCCCAAUUACAAACACCAAAAUCGGAUCAAUGGCACUACAACAAUCAACGGUACUGCAAAAAUCAACGGAGCUACAAAAAUCAAAGGUACUACAAAAAUCAACAUUACCACGUCGACCUCUCCCGUAGGACGAAAUGCCAAACAGUUCCCUGAGUGUACUAGAACGAAUAUGUGCGGAAGAUCAAACAGUACUACCACAAACACCAAUAAGUUUCAUACGAGUAAUAUAACUCAGAAGUAUACCAAGUCAAACGGCACUGAUACUAUAACCAAGAAAUUUGUGACUAUGGAUAUCCAGACAACAACUGAAUCAGAUAUGCUUCAGACAAGAUUUUUUAUAAAUCCUCCAAACAAGAAAUCUGCUUGUAUGGAUGGACUAACCCGAUCCGCUACCGGAGAUUGCGUUUUUAAGUUUUCGGAUGAUUGA